CGUGUUCACGAGUGUGACUGAACCGACUGAACUCUAGGCUCAAUAAUAUUCAUUCAAACGAAAGUUCCAUUGACAUUUACAAACCAGAAGACAAUUUCUAGACGACUAUCAAAAUAUCCUGGGCUUAAAGCGAUCGAUGAGCAAAAAAAAGGCUAAUAUCAUCGAGUGUUACCUACCUAUUUAUACUCAACGUUAUCAUAACUGAUCAUGACAGUCAGGAGUCAAAGCACAUAACCACAAAAGCACGAAUAACAAAUUUUUAGACUUCAGUAAAUCAGAUUGCUUCAAUAACAAUUUGAUAUUUUUACUGUUAAUAAUGACUGAAACAGGAAGAAAGGAAAAACAAUACGGCUUGAUUGUUCCAAAAAAGAAGCAAAUAUCUGCUCCAAGAGCUGGUAAUAUCUUUGGAGACGAUAGUGGAUCUGAUGCUGAGGAUGGUACAGACUGGGUGAAGAAAGCUCUAAAGGCUGAAGGAGAAAAGAACCGAGUAAAGAAACAAACACAAUUAACCAUGAAGAAGGCGUUAAAGGAAAACCCAACAGUGUAUCAGUACGAUGAAGUUUAUGAUGAAAUGGAAAGAACGAAAGAGGAAAGUAAAGCUGUAAAAAAAGAGGAAAAAAAGCCAAAAUAUAUUACAAAUCUGUUGCUGGCUGCUGAUCGUAGAAAAAGAGAACAAGAACACAGAAUAGAGAGAAUGGUACAGAAAGAAAGGGAAGCUGAAGGAGCUAUGUUUGCAGAUAAAGAAAGUUUUGUGACUUCUGCGUAUAGAGCAAAACUUGAGGAAUUUAAGAAGAUGGAAGAAGAAGAAUUGAGAAUGGACAGACUUGAAUCAAUUGGUGAUGUUACUAAACAGCAAGAUAUGUCUGGAUUUUAUCGACAUUUAUACGCACAAACUGUAGAUGGUGGGAAACAACAGCAAUCUACAGAUUAUGUUCUUGACAAUGAGCAAAUUUCAGAAAUCAAGGAAAAAGACAUAGAUGAAGAUGCAAAUCAGGAUGCUACACGGUCAAAUUUUUUGUCCAAAAAGAACACACAAUCAGAUAAUGAAAGCACAAUAGAAAUAGCAAAACAAACGCGGAAAAAGCUUGGGCAAUCUAAAAAAAAUAGGCAAUACAGGAAGAGAAAUGCAGAAUUAUCUGACAGUGAUUCUGAAAUUGAAACAGACAAGAUGAUAAAUAAUACAAAAGAUGUGGGAAUCCCAUUAUCUUCUAAAUCUGAAAAUCCAGAGACCGAGGAACCUGAAAUAAAAAAGCAAAAAUUGUCUCCUGAAAAAACAAAAAUGAAGAGUCCUAGUCCUACAAGAGACCAAAAUUAUACUACAAAUAAUACUGAAAAAUCUGAUAAAAUAAAAAAUAGUUCUUUAGAGCAAACAAAAGAAGUGAAUAAAGAUAAUACAGAACUAAAGAAAAAGAAAGAAGAAAAGAAGGUAUCAAUAUGGGAAAAAAGAACAGUAGGCCCAGUUUUUGAAGCAGCUUUACAGAGGUACUAUGAGCGCAAAGCCAUGAGAUUAUCUGGUUCUUAAAGCUUGGACAGUAUAUAUAGCUGUUACAUAUAUAUAUAUGUAAUAUAUUUAAAAAUAAAAGAUUUUUAUAAUUAUAAAGGCAAA